UUUAGGCGCGAACAGCCAUAGAAGAAGACCCCGCGAGGAAGGAGCAGCAGCGUUAGCAUUAGCUUCGCUGAAUAUGUGAUUAAUAUGGUUUAAACUUCUAUUUCCUGCUUUUUAAUCAGCUCUAACUCUGUGGGGGUUUGGUGUAGGAUCUAAACAUCACCUGAGGUCACAUACAGCAUUAUAACACUGUCAAAAUGACUUCUAAAACAAAAGUUGGAAAAGUAACUAAAAAUAAAGAGGAUGCUCCUCACGAGCUGGAGAGUCAGUUUAUUCUGAGACUUCCUCAGGAGUACGCCUCCACAGUGAGACAGAUUGCCGGGUCUGGAAGCAUGAAUAUCAAAGACAGACUGACCAUAGAGCUGCACGCUGAUGGUCGGCACGGGAUUGUGCGAGUGGACCGCGUGCCACUGGCGUGUAAACUGGUGGAUUUGCCGUGCAUCCUGGAGUCGUUAAAAACAGUGGACAAGAAGACUUUCUACAAAACUGCAGACCUCUGUCAGAUGUUAGUCUGCACUCUCGACGGAGAUCUGUACCCCCCUCUAGAGGAACCCACCGGCACUGCAGACUCCAAAAGCAAGAAGAAGGACAAAGACAAAGACAAGAAGUUCGUCUGGAACCACGGCAUUACCUGUCCUCUAAAGAACACCAAGAAGAGGCGAUUCAGGAAAACGGCGAAGAAGAAGUACAUCGAGUCUCCUGAUGUGGAGAAGGAGGUGAAGAGGCUCCUGAGCACCGACUCCGAGGCCGUCAGUGUCCGAUGGGAGGUGAUCGCUGAGGAUGAGUCCAAAGAAGCAGAUAAUAAUUUAUCUCUCUCUAAUCUGGACUCCUCACCUGGAACAUCAGGACACAAGGGUCACGGCUCCUCGGUCCCGCACGAUGAACUCCGGGAGAUUUUCAACGACAUCAGCAGCAGCAGCGAGGAUGAGGAGGACGAAGUCGACCGCCACGAAGACGAAGACCUGAACAUCGUCGACACAGAAGACGACAUGGUCGGCCAGCUGAACGAGAAGCUGAACGAGUCGGACGGAGGACGAGACGAAAACGACAGAAACAAUCAAAUCGUGAUGGAGUACCAGGUGCAGAUCAACAGCGUCAAAUCCAAGCUGCAGGAGACCCGCGCCCGCAAGAAGCAGCAGGAGGAUCUGAUCAUGAAGGUGGAGAAUCAGGCUCUGAAGAAUCGCUUCCAGGCUCUGCUGAACGACAUUAUCCAUCAGGAGGAGAGAGAAAUGGAACAGCUGGCCUCCCUGCAAGAGCAGCUGGACUCCCUGAUCGAGAAGUGACCGGCAGGGGGCAGCAGGACGCUCGUCUGGAAGCUCGCCGCUAAUCGAAGAACGAUUCUACACUCAGACUCAUUUAUUCCAGUUUAAUUGAAUGUUAGAUCAGAGAUGUUUCAGCCUGUUUUGCUCUGUUAUCAUGCGGGAGUGAUGAGGAGCAGCACUGUUAAUCUUCUGCUGUUACUGUAAUUGCUGUGUUUUGACUUUUUAAAUAAAUAGAAUUUAAUACAAAA